GUCGAUUUAGUAAAUUCUGAUCAUUGGUACAGUUAACGUCAGUUAAAGAAAAAGAAAAAGAAUUUCUUUGCGCGGAAUCGUGUAGAAUAAAAGACAAUCAUUUCAUAAGAAAAGACAAAAAAAAAUUGCAUAUUAUUUUUAUUCAGCAACAGCUUGCAGAAUUUAAUCGAAAAGUGCCAUUAAGAAGCUUAAGCAACAAACAAAGUAAACUUCGAAAGCAGCUUUGAAAAUCAUGUCGUCACCACCGCCAGUUAAUCCUGUUACCACUGCAAGUGCACAAUCACGACGAGAAUCCUACGCGCGUAGACAAGAGUCUUUGAUAGAAAGGAAAAUUCUGAAGAUAAAUUGUGGGAAAAGAUUUUCGUUUGGACUUUUUACUGAAGUGAAAUUUUUCCAGAUUUUUCUACGGAAAUACUCGAUACCGACAGACAAAUCUGGCGAAAUUGUUGUAACAGUUCAGGGCGAUUUGACACAACAAGAAAAACGUGCAGUUUUCCUCACUGUUCACGAUCUAGGAUGCAAUCAUGCGUCAUUCCAAGAUUUCGUUAAUUCGCCAUGUAUGACUGAAAUUAAAGAGCGCUCUUGUUUCAUUCAUGUCGAUGUUCCAGGACAUGCAGAUAAUGCUGCAGGACUUCCUGAUAGUUUCGCAUUUCCAUCGUUGCAAACAUUAGGCGAGGAUCUUGUUACAGUCUUAGAUUAUUUGCACGUGAAAUACGUAAUCGGAUUAGGUGAAGGUGCAGGUGCAAAUGUGUUGGCCCGUUUUGGAUUGAAACAUCCAACGCGAUGUCUCGGAAUGGUUCUUAUCAAUUGCACAGGCUCGGCAGCUACUGUGUUGGAAACCUUCAGAACAAAAUUCAUCAGUUGGAAGGGAGAUGAAGUCGGACAAGGUGCUGAAGAUUUCUUGCUUUACCACAAGUUCGGACAUGUUUUUCACGAGCAAUUGGUUGGUGAUAACCCCGACAAGGAGAAGAUUGUUGCCGACUUUCAGAGCCGCUUGCACAGCACGCUGAACAGUAAAAAUAUCAAACACUACGUUAAAUCUUUCAUGACCCGAAAGGAUUUGCCGUUGAAAAAUUGCAAAGUUGAUGUUUUGCUCAUCACUGGCAUGCUCUCGCCAUAUGCAAGUGUAGUUGAAAAAUUACAUAAAGAUACCGACAAAGAAAAGGUCACAAUGUUGAAGAUUGAACGUGCUGGCGAUGUUCUUGCUGACACACCUGCGAAAGUCGCUCAAUCGAUUUUGUUGUUCUGUAAGGGUCAAGGAUUACUAACAUCAGUCGUUAUGCCAGGUGUUGAUCGCCAACGUGCAUUUUCAACUUCUAGUGGUGGCUCCAAUGGAGAGCCUCGACGAUUGUCCAGAGGUAUGAGUAUGGAGGAGUACGAUAAACCCAACAUUCGAAGACUGUCUGUCACACCAAAUGACCAGUUACCGCCAAUCCAAGCGAAAAAAUAAAUACAUUCAUCGCUCUCCACAAUUGGAUGGAAUCAACAACAAAUUAUUCAGACACAUCUCAACACGAAAUCGCGCAUGUAUCUCUUUAAUGUUUAAAUCGCCAACUUCACCUUAGGAUCUUGAUUGCUUGAAACUAAAUAUUUAAAAAAAAGCAGAACAUGAAACCGAGAAUUUUUUGGUAUCUAUACACACUGAGUAAAAGCUUCACUUAUAUAAGUAAAUAAUUAGUAGCAAGCGUAGACUUUCAACACAUAUAUUGAAUAAAAUUAUGUCGCCAAAAGAUAAAAUAUUAACUAACCAAUCAAUAUUACAAUUGAAUCAAAUGCCAAAUACAUGAAGGAAUUUUGGUGAGAAAAAUCUUUAAUUAAACGAACAUCGCUUUGGUGACAAAAAAAAACAGAUUUACAAGUUUCUUAUCUUCAUUGAGGUAAAAAAAAGUAUUUAAUAAUAAGAGUUGAGCAUUAGAAGAGUUUACCCAACACAACAUAAAGGAAAAUGAAUAGCAUGAUAUUUUAUAAGAUAUAAAGCACUGUCGGAGUUCAGGUGGAUAAAAAAAAGCGAGUGAAUGGGUGGUGGAAAGGUUUCGGAAAAGUAUUUGGAAAACCUGUUUAUUUACAGACUAAUCAAAAAGGUUAAAAAUUGAAGAAUUGCGCAAUUAGAAAGAAAAGUGAGAACAUCUCUUGGUGAUAAAUUAAUUUUUAUUUUCAUAUGUAUGUCAAAAAUUCUGAGAGGCUGUGCCUCUUGUGUUAUGAUUGUUGGAUAGUUGAAGCAAAAAAAGUUUUCUUGAAAAUCAAAUCCACCUGAAACCGACACAUACUUUAAAUAAUUAAAGAAAUUGAUAAUUAAAAUUAAUACACAUUAGAAGCAUUCUUUUUCAUGUCAUGAAAAGAAGUCAUGACUACUUCUAGAAAGAAAAGUUAAAUCAAAUUGAAAUAUUUUUUAGGCCUAAAGAAACUUUCAUUUGAUUUGCAAUUUUAUUGAAUUGAAAGAAAUAUUUUAAAGCAAUUUUGAAUUAGAAAUGAGUUUUGUUUUGGAUAAAUUGUAAGUUUUCUUUUUAAACAUUUAAUCGGCUAAUGGCCAUUAAACAGCUUUUCACUCUUUAUUAUUUGUUAAUUUCUAAUUCUGUUAGCAGAAUAUCUAAAUCUUACAAAGAAGUUGAAAGAUAUUAAUAACCACAUAAAUUAAUGGCAUACCUUCGACUGCCAUUUGCUACUGUUUUCUUCAAUAAAUAACAAAUAUCUAAAUAAAUAAAUAAAUAACUAAAGGUUUGAUAUCAAAUUUUCAUUCUCGUAUUCUACUUACAUAUGAUAUGUAGUUGAGUAUUUAGUAGUAAUACAGAUUUAGUUGUUGUCAACUAAAUAGUUGGUAUUAAGUAAGAAAAAUUUAUACAAAAGCAAAUUUUUAAGACGAAAGGAAAUAAACUAAAGAGAUAUAAAUUAAAGUACCUUACUUUACUAAUUAAUCAUACAUACUUACAUACAAAAAAGCAACGCAGAAAAUCCAUUGACACAUUUGCAUCAUGUUAAUUCUAUGGUUUUAAUUAAUUAAGCUAUUCAUUUCAUUCAUCUUCUAUUUAGUCAAUCAACAGUUAAAAAUAAUUUGAGAGCUAAAAUUUAACUUCAUUACAAAAUCGAUAUAUACAAAUUUGCACGCAAAAGAAAUUUAUUUUAAUAACUAAUUUAUUCCAUAAAGAGAAUUGAGAUAAAAACAUAAAUACCUAACUUUAAAAUAAAUUUUUUGAGAACAACGUAGCAAAAAUAAAAGCAAGAAACAAUUCAUUAAACUAGAAUGAACGAAUCUUUUGUAAUCGUAAGAUAAAAGUUUUAUAUUUCAAUUUAGAUAAUUAAACUUUCAGAUCUUCUAUAAUCUUUCGGGGUGUUUCAUUCAUGAAUUAUUUAUUGAGC